GAUUGGCUCCCAGCUGUUGACUGCAUGUAUCUUCUGGCACGACUCCGCGUCCGUUUGUCGCGACAGCGCUUGGUGUCUUGAGUGACUUGAGUCCCCGAACCCGACGCCGGAGGGCGAAAUGAACGCACUGGCCUCCCGAGCCGUCCGGACCUGCGAUCGCUUGUGGAAGACCGAGCCCGCGCUCCUGCCCCCGGGGUGACGCACAGCCCCGAGCCGCCCAGACAGAUGGCCCCAGGCCAAGUGCCCCAUCAGUCCGCCCCCUGGAAGGAUGCCCACCCCUUCCUCCUCCUCUCCCCGCUGAUGGGCCUCCUCAGCCGGGCCUGGAGCCGCCUGAGGGGCCCAGGAUCUCCAGAGCCCUGGCUCGUGGAAGCAGUAACGAGUGCAGAGCAGGAAGAAGCUGGCUUGGAGGGAGAAACUAAGGCUUCUCUGGCCACCCACCAUGCCCCCGGGGGCAGGUACCCUCAAGAGGAGGCUGGAGACCGUGAAGCAACUGAGGAGGAUGGAGAAGCAUCAUGGGGGACCUGCCCUGACCUGAAAGCCAACAGCUCUCUUCUUGAAGCCUGGGGACUCUCAGAUGAUGCUGAUGAAGAGUAUGGUGAGGAGGAAGCCACCAGUGUCCCUAGAGAGCAGGGAAGUGAAUUUAUAGAUGGCCAGCCUGUUCCCCUGUGCCCCAGCCUUCUGAUAAGAACCCUGCAAGACCCUCCUAGGGAGGAGGAAUCUGAGGAAGGAGGAGUUGCUGAAGAUAAAGAAGCCAUCACGUUCUCUUUUCCUCCGUCACACUGGGAGUGUUGUCCAGUGGUGGAGGAGGAGAAGGAUGGAGAAGCUAUAAACAAAGAAAGUCCCAGAACAUCCACUUCCUCCUCAUCUCCGGGAUCCAAACCCACAGCUUGGGUAGAUUGCUCAGGGGAGGAAGAGGAUCGAGCAACCAAGGAAGAAGAAAGAACAAAUAAAGAAGCCACGAAGACCUCCAUUUCCCCCUCAACUGCAGGCUCCCACCCCAGGGCCUGGGAGUGUCGUUCAGGAGAGGAAUCUGAGGAGGAGAAGGACAAAAAGGCUGAGAACGGAGAAGCUGACCCAGAGCCGCACUCAGUUCCAGCCCAGAGGCCCCUGCUCAGGCCCUGGCAGUGUCAACCCACUAAGAUCACAGAGGAAGACGAUGAAGAGCAAGAUGAAUUCAGUGAUUCAGGAGCAGCUGAGGGUCCCUCUUCCAUCCCCCCCACAAGUGCCUUCCUGAGGGCCUGGGUGUAUCGGCCAGGAGAGGACACAGAGGAGGAGGAAGAUGAAUUCAGUGAUUCAGGAGCAGCUGAGGAACAGGGAGCAGCUGAGGGUCCCUCUUCCAUCCCUCCCACAAGUGCCUUCCUCAGGGCCUGGGUGUAUCGGCCAGGAGAGGACACAGAGGAGGAAGAUGAGGAUGAGGAAGAGAAUGAGGAUGACGAUGAUUCAGAAGCAGCUGUCUCAGGGCCAAGUCCCUCCCUUCAGGCCCAGAGCGCCCUCCUCAGGGGCCGGAUAUAUCAACCUGGAAAGGAGACAGAGGGAGGGGACGCUGCUGAGGAGUGGGGAGAAGCUGGGCCCUGCCCCUUCCGAGUGGCCAUCUAUGUACCUGGAGAGAAGCCGCCACCUCCCUGGGCUCCUCCUCAGCUGCCCCUCCGACUGCAAAGGCGGCUCAAGUCUGCAGAAACUCCCACCCGGGAAAUGGACCCCGAGACUCCCCUAAAGGCCAGAAAGGUGUGUUUCUCUGAGAAAGUCACUAUCCAUUUCCUGGCUGUCUGGGCAGGACCAGCCCAGGCCGCCCGCCGGGGCCCCUGGGAGCAGCUGGCCCGGGAUCGAAGCCGCUUCGCCCACCGCAUCGCCCGGGCCCAAGAGGAGCUGGGCCCCUGCCUCACCCCUGCCGCCCGGGCCAGAGCCUGGGCACGUCUUGGGAACUCUCCCCCUUCUCUGACCACCAUACCUGCCCCUACCCAUGCCUUGCAGACAUGCUCCGUCCAGGCCACGCCCUUGAGCCAUGCUGUGGCCUUCCCCUCCCCUUCUUAUGUGUCUGUAUCUCCUUGCCUGGACCUCAGUGGGAGGCGUGGCUAAGAUCAUGUGGUUUACCUGUUAUUAACUAUUUAUUUUUUUUUAAGUGUUGGUUUAUAUAAGGAAUAAAGCCUUUUGAUUUGUAGUGA